UGGGGUAUAUAUGUAUAGCAAACUUCUCUUCUGGACGACUUGUUCAGCUCGAUGUACCUCCCGGGCAUACAAGUUGAUCUGUCCUCUCGUUUGAAACUUUCGCUACUCCCAUCCAUUAAUAAUAUCAUCAAAGAUCAUCCUCCCGACGACAAGAUGCGCCACACUCUUUCAACCCUCGCCUUACUGGCCACCACUGCGCUUGCAGGAGAUAUCCUACCCCGAGAUGCCUGCGUAGACGCGUGCAAUGCCAAGUGGGACGCCUGCCGUGCCGCCCCUGACGCGAACCGCGCCUCCUGCGCCGCCGACUUCGCAGGCUGCGUCGGAUACAACCCGUUCGCAUCGGACACCUUCGUCGCGCCCACCGCAUGUUCGACCUCGACCGCGAUCACGGCCACGGUGACCCCGACCCCAUCAGCAGCCCCCGCCAGCGCCUGCGUCACUGCCUGCAACAACGCAUACGACGCCUGCCGCUCCAAGCCCGACGCGAACCGCGCCUCCUGCGCCGCCGACUACGCCGGCUGCCUGGGGUACAACCCCUUCGAUGGGUCUGGAUCUCUGGUUGCUCCUACUGCCUGCGCGGUCGUGUCCUCGACGUCAGCCGCGCGGAAUUCCACUGCACCAAAGACGACGGCGGUGGCCCCACCCGCGGCCACUACGAAGCCAGUCCAAGUUGCUGGGGCUGGAAACCUGAAGCCAGGCAUGGCAGUGCUUGUGGGUGUUGGGGCCAUGGCGCUUCUCUAG